AUGGGACCAGUGUUUCUCAAGGAACCGCCUAACCGUAUCGACUUCUCAAACGGAACCGGAGCUGUCGUCGAAUGCCAGGCCAGAGGAAACCCCCAACCGGAUAUCAUUUGGGUUCGCGCUGACGGAAGUGCCGUAGGGGACGUUCCGGGGCUCCGACAGGUCUUACCGAAUGGAAACUUGGUCUUCCCUCCUUUCCGCGCCGAGGAUUACCGUCAAGAGGUUCACGCUCAGGUUUACAGCUGUCUGGCACGAUCACCGGCAGGUUCUGUUCACAGCCGUGAUGUUAACGUGAGAGCCGUGGUGGCGCAGUACUACGACACAGAUGUGAACAAGGAGUACGCGAUCCGUGGGAACAGUGCCAUUUUGAAGUGCGUCGUUCCUUCCUUCGUCGCUGAUUUCGUCAAGGUUCUAUCCUGGCACACCGAUCAGGGAGACGAGUUCGUACCCGGCGACGAUUACGAUGGAAAAUAUUUGGUACUGCCCUCUGGAGAAUUGCACAUCCGCGACGUUGGACCCGAAGACGGAUACAAGACCUAUCAGUGCAGGACCAAGCAUAGACUCACAGGAGAGACAAGACUGUCAGCCACGAAGGGACGACUCGUCAUUACCGAACCCGUGGGGAGCGUACGGCCAAAGUUUCCGUCAAUGGACAACAUAAACGGACUUUCGACGGAAUCGAAAGCCAGUUUACCACUUCUCUGCCCUGCCCAAGGAUUCCCGGUACCGGUUAAUAGAUGGUACAAGUUCAUCGAGGGCUCGUCUCGUCGUCAACCGGUCCAACUGAAUGAGCGUGUUCGUCAGGUCAGCGGAACACUGAUUAUCCGUGAAGCUCGCGUCGAAGAUUCUGGUAAAUAUCUAUGCAUCGUGAACAACUCUGUGGGCGGCGAAAGCGUCGAAACUGUCCUGACGGUGACCGCACCAUUGGCCGCGGAGAUCGAGCCCAGCACCCAGACCAUUGACUUCGGAAGACCGGCAACCUUCACCUGCAACGUCCGUGGAAACCCCAUCAAGACGAUCUCGUGGUUGAAGGAUGGCAAGCCUCUUGGACUGGAGGAACCCGUGCUCAGGAUCGAUAGCGUGAAGAAAGAGGACAAGGGAAUGUAUCAGUGCUUCGUCAGGAACGACCAGGAAAGCGCACAGGCAACGGCUGAAUUGAAACUUGGUGGAAGAUUCGAACCCCCCCAGAUCCGUCAAGCGUUCGCCGAGGAGACUCUUCAGCCUGGACCCAGCAUGUUCUUGAAAUGUGUCGCCAGCGGAAACCCAACACCUGAAAUCACCUGGGAACUCGACGGCAAACGGUUAUCCAACACCGAGAGGCUUCAAGUCGGACAGUACGUUACGGUCAAUGGCGAUGUGGUUUCUCAUCUGAACAUUUCCAGCAUUCACACCAACGACGGUGGACUCUACAAGUGUAUCGCUGCGUCGAAGGUUGGAUCUGCGGAACACUCGGCCCGAUUGAACGUCUACGGUCUUCCCUUCAUUCGCCACAUGGACAAAAAGGCUAUCGUCGCCGGUGAGACACUUCGCGUGACCUGCCCAGUCGCCGGAUAUCCGAUCGAAAGCAUCGUAUGGGAACGGGACACGAGAGUGCUGCCAAUCAACAGGAAACAGAAGGUCUUCCCCAAUGGCACGCUUAUCAUCGAGAACGUCGAAAGAAUGAGCGAUCAGGCGACGUACACGUGUGUCGCGCGCAACGCGCAAGGCUACAGCGCUAGAGGAACGUUGGAAGUCCAAGUGAUGGUGCCGCCCACGAUACAGGAGUUCUCGUUCAUGAAGCUGCCCAUGAACGCCGGGGAGUUCGCGAACCUGCAGUGUAUCGCACCAACCGGUGACCUGCCGUUGAACAUACGCUGGAGCUAUCCCGGAGAAGAGAUGGGCGGUUCAUCCGGCGUGCUCGCGAAGAAGGUCGCGGAUCGCGUUAGCAUGCUAAUGAUCUCGGUCAUCACCGCGAGACACGCGGGGGAGUACGUUUGCACCGCCGAAAACGCGGCCGGAACGGCGUCACACUCGACCACGCUCACCGUGAAUGUACCACCCCGCUGGAUCCUGGAACCUACCGAUAAGGCAUUCGCUCAGGGAUCUGACGCGCGUGUCGAAUGCAAAGCCGACGGUUUCCCCAAGCCUCAAGUCACAUGGAAGAGAGCAGCUGGGGAUACACCAGGCGAUUACACGGACUUGAAACUGAGCAACCCAGACAUUAGCGUAGAGGACGGAACCUUGUCGAUUAACAACAUUCAGAAGACAAACGAAGGCUACUAUCUCUGCGAAGCUGUGAACGGAAUUGGCUCAGGACUCUCGGCUGUUAUUCUCAUCUCUGUUCAGGCACCACCCCACUUUGAGAUCAAACUGAAGAAUCAGACUGCACGACGAGGAGAACCGGCUGUAUUGCAAUGCGAGGCGCAAGGCGAGAAACCCAUUGGCAUUCUAUGGAAUAUGAACAACAAGAGGCUGGACCCGAAGAGCGAUUCUCGUUACACUAUCCGAGAGGAGAUUCUGGCUAAUGGAGUGUUGUCCGACCUGAGCAUCAAGAGAACCGAGAGGAGUGACUCUGCCCUGUUCACCUGUGUGGCCACCAAUGCCUUCGGAAGCGACGACACCAGCAUCAACAUGAUCGUUCAAGAGGUUCCUGAAGUUCCAUACGGCCUGAAAGUACUCGACAAAUCUGGACGUUCGGUUCAAUUGUCCUGGGCAGCACCCUACGACGGCAACAGUCCCAUCAAACGCUACGUAAUCGAGUACAAGAUCAGCAAGGGUUCUUGGGAAACUGACAUUGAUAGAGUACUUGUACCCGGAUCGCAACAGAACGUCGCUGGAGUUUUCAAUCUGAGACCCGCCACCACUUACCACCUCAGAAUCGUUGCUGAGAACGAAAUUGGCGCAUCCGAUCCGUCUGACACCGUUACCAUUAUAACUGCCGAGGAAGCACCCACUGGACCACCAACCUCCGUUCGCGUUGAUGCACUUGACCAGCACACAUUAAAGGUAACAUGGAAACCACCCCCACGCGAGGACUGGAACGGCGAGAUUCUUGGAUACUAUGUUGGUUACAAACUAUCUUCCUCCGACAAACCGUACAUGUUCGAGACUGUUGACUUCUCCAAAGAAGAUGGAAAGGAACACCACUUGCAGAUCAUGAAUCUUAAAACCUACACCCAGUACAGCGUCGUCGUUCAAGCGUUCAAUAAAGUUGGAUCGGGACCAAUGAGCGAGGAAAGAAGACAACAUACUGCCGAGGGAGUACCUGAACAACCACCACAUGAUACCACCUGCACUACCCUCACGUCUCAGACAAUCAGAGUUUCCUGGAUGUCACCCCCACUGAGCGCUGCCAACGGAGUCAUCACCGGAUACAAAGUUAUUUAUGGACCAUCUGACACCUGGUACGACGAGAACACCAAGGACACCAAGAUCACCUCCUCCAGUGAAACGAUUUUACACGGACUGAAGAAGUACACCAACUACAGUAUGCAGGUUCUGGCUUUCACAUCUGGCGGCGAUGGCGUUAAAUCUGCACCGAUCCACUGUCAAACUGAACAAGAUGCCCCCGAAGCACCCAUUGCGAUCAAAGCUCUGGUUAUGUCUGCCGAAUCGAUCCUGGUCUCGUGGCGCCCACCAAGCCAACCUAACGGAGUAAUCGCCCAGUAUACCGUCUACACGAAGGCAGACAACACCGAGGAACCGACUAGCCAGAAAGUGCCACCGAACCAAUUGACUCACGAGGCUUCUGGACUGGACAAGCAACGCAGAUACGACUUUUGGGUAACCGCUAGCACAAACAUCGGCGAGGGAGAAGCUUCCAAAAUUGUAUCUUUGGCACCGAGCGUUCGAGUUCCGGCAAAGAUCGCAUCAUUCGACGAUAAAUUCACGGCUACCUACAAAGAGGACGUCAAACUACCUUGCCUUACUGUCGGAGUACCAGCACCGGAAGUGACAUGGAAAGUACGAGGUGCCGUUCUCCAACCGAGCGACAGACUGCGACAAUUGCCCGAAGGAUCUCUGUUCAUCAAGGAAGUGGAUCGUACUGAUGCUGGAGAAUAUUCUUGCUACGUUGAGAAUUCAUUUGGUCACGACACUGUCACCCAUCAGCUUAUCGUUCACGCUCCACCUCACUCGCCACAAGUGACCCUUACCGCUACGACCACCAACUCGUUGACAAUGAAACUUCGCCCUCAUCCCACUGACAACGCUCCGAUCCACGGAUACACGAUUCACUACAAGCCCGAGUUCGGUGAAUGGGCGACCGCACAGAUCAGCUCUACGGCUCAAAAAUACACUCUGGAGAACUUGUUGUGUGGCUCGAGAUAUCAGAUCUACGUUACUGCUUACAACGGAAUUGGCACUGGUGAUCCGUCUGACAUGCUCAACACUCGUACCAAGGGCUCGAAACCGAUCAUCCCUGAGGCCACAAGGUUCAUCGAAGUCUCCACGAACAGCAUUACCCUUCACUUGAGCGCCUGGUCCGAUGGUGGCUGCCCUAUGCUCUAUUUCGUCGUCGAACACAAGAAAAAGCAGCAACAGGAAUGGAAUCAGGUAUCGAACAACGUGAAACCCAGCGGAAACUUUGUCGUUCUGGAUCUGGACCCUGCCAGCUGGUACCAUUUACGUGUCACUGCGCACAAUAACGCUGGUUUCGCGGUGGCCGAGUACGAAUUCGCGACGUUAACCGUAACUGGAGGCACCAUUGCACCGGCCCGCGAGCUACCGGACGUGAACGGUGGCGGCAACGACGAGGAUCGGAUGAAAAUUCUUAUGGCUAACUUGAAUCUGGUCGUACCCGUGGCGGCAUCUGGUCUCGUAACAAUCGUUGCCCUCAUCGUGAUCUGCGUUCUGAGAGGAAAGGUCCAUGGUAGCGAUAAAGACGAUGUGGUGUAUCAGCAAACCGGAGUUGGCGGAGCUACCCUCGACAAACGCAGGCCCGAUCUUCGCGACGAACUCGGCUACAUCGCGCCCCCGAACCGUAAACUGCCCCCCGUACCCGGAUCCAACUAUAACACCUGCGAUCGCAUCAAGCGAGGUACAGUGAUAAGCUCGAUAAGGAGUCACUCGACGUGGGAUCCGAGACGGCAUAUGUACGAGGAGUUGAAUCAUUAUCCGCCGAACCGAAGAUGUCCACCGCCGCCGCGUAUGGGCAGUGCCGAGGCUCUACCCCACAGAGGCAUGGAGGAUGAGAUCUGCCCGUACGCGACCUUCCACUUACUUGGAUUCCGCGAGGAAAUGGACCCCAGCAAGGCUAUGCAAUUCCAGACCUUCCCUCAUCCUGGAAACGGACACUCUGGCACCAUGGGACCACCUGUUGGACACCCUACAAACGCUUCUGCCCAUAGCCGUUCUGGAUCUCAGUCUAUGCCCCGUCAAAACGGACGCUACUCCCGUGUACCAUCCCAAGGAGGCGGCAGCGGCACCCAUAACGUCUUUUCACCCGAAUACGACGACCCAGCAAACUGCGCACCGGAAGAGGAUCAAUACGGCUCGCAAUACGGACAAUACGGUGCUCCCUACGAUCAUUACGGAUCCCGCGGUUCUGUCGGACGUCGCAGCGUAGGCUCGGCGCGCAACAUUCCCGUUUCCGGAUCACCCGAACCACCACCACCCCCGCCAAGGAACCACGAUCAGAACAAUUCCAGCUUCAACGACAGCAAAGAGAGCAACGAAAUCAGCGAAGCAGAAUGUGAUCGCGAUCAGCUCGUGAACCGCAACUAUGGCGUGAAUGCUCGCUGCAAGGACGGCAUGACCACCGAGGAGAUGCGUAAACUCAUAGAGAGAAACGAAGCCCCCGGCCGGCAAACCGCCGCCAGCCACGGCGGUCACGGGGGACUCCUCACACCCUACGAUACUGUGGCAGUGUAACCUGUAAAUCA